AUGCCGCAGCUCACGCGGUCCACGCAGCUCACGCCAGCACAGCUCCUAUGGCUCGCCGUUGCCCUCCUCAUCGCCAGCACGCUAUGGUACUACCUCAGCCGCAAGGCCCGUCCCACGCAGGACGAGCCGCCGCAGCUGGCGCCGCGCAUCCCGCUCCUCGGGCACGCCCUCGGCUUCCUCCAGCACGGAAGCGCGUACCUCGCGCACCUGUGCGCCACACACCCGCACCUGCCCGUCUUCACGCUGGACCUGCUCGCGCUGAAACUGUACGUCGUCAACGCGCCGAGUGUGGUGGGCGCCGUGCAGCGGAAUGCGAGGGCGCUGGUGUUUGAGCCGGUGCUGCUGGCGGCGGCGGGCAGGAUGGCUGGGAUUAAGGGACGGGGGAUUGAGGUGUUGAAGGCGGAGAGGGAGGAUGGGGGGGUGAGUGUGAGUGAGGAGGUGUUGAGGAAUAUGCAUAAGGCGCUGCUGGGGGGCGGGCUGCGGGAGCUGAAUGUGGGGACGAUGGGGGCGUUGGUCGCGGCUGUGGAUGGGGUUGUUGGUGCUGGAAGUGGUGGUGAGGGUGAAGGUGAGAUCGAUCUGCAUGCGUGGUGUAGAGAGGUCAUUACGGCCGCGACGACGGACGCGGUCUAUGGGCCAAUGAACCCGUAUAAGAGGCGCGAGGUCGCGGACGCGUUCUGGGACUUCGAAAACGGCCUCAACGUCCUGCUGCUGAACCUCUACCCCCGGCUCACGGCGCGCAAAGCCUUCCUCGGGCGGGAAACCCUCGUCGCCGCUUUCCAGGCCUACUACGACCAGGACGGGCACCAGGCCGCCUCCGCACUAACGCGCGGCCGGUGGGAAGCGCAGCACGCGGCGGGCGCCAGCGUCGAGGACAUGGCGCGGCUGGAAGCGGCCGCGGGGACGGGCAUCCUGUCCAACACGGUGCCGACGGCCUUCUGGCUGGCGUUCGACAUCUUCUCGCGGGCAGAACUGCUCGCGGCGCUGCGUGCAGAGCUGCUGGAACACGCGGUCCGUGUGGAUGAGGAUGGUGGUUGCGUUCUUGACCUCGCGGCGCUGCGCGCCAGCUGCCCGCUGCUGACGUCGACGUUCCAGGAGACGCUGCGGUUCCACUCGCGCGGGACGCCCACGCGCGUCGUCACGGGCGAGGAGGUGGUGCUCGGGCAGUUCCGGCUGCGCAAGGGCAAUAUCGUGCAGAUGCCUGCGGCGGCGGUGCACCGGCACGCGAGCAUGUGGGGCGCCAGCAGCAACUCGUUCGACGCAGCGCGCUUCAUGCGCAAGGACGCGGGGGUGCGGCCGACGGGGUUCUUGGGGUUUGGGGCGGCGCCGAACUUGUGUCCUGGACGCCAUUUUGCGGCGGGCGAGGUGCUGGUGCUGGUGGCGCUGGUGGUGCUGCGGUGCGAUGUCGUGCCCGUGGCGAAAGAUGGGAAGGGCGAGUGGAUUGCGCCGCGGGUUAAUAAGGCGGCGGUGGCGGCGUCGAUGGGCCCGCCGCUGGAGGGCGAGUGCGUCGUUAGUGUGAGGGGGAGAGAGGGGGACCAGGGCGUAAGGUGGAGGGUUGAGGUUGGGGAGGGGGAGGGCCGGUUUGGCCUUGUUACGGGGUAG